AUGACAGAAUAUCAUGAGCUUGGCCAUUUGGAACUUGCCAAAUCCGCUUCUGACUAUGUGAUUCCACACCAUGCAGUUUUUAAAAAUAAGGACCCCACUCAGAAAAUCAGGGUGGUGUUUAAUGCUUCCAGCAAGGAUACCAAUGGGCAUUCACUAAAUGAGAAUUUGUUACCAGGGCCAAAACUGCAGUCCAAUAUUAUUCAAGUAUUGACCAAAUUCCGCACUUACAAGUACAUUGUCCUUUCUGAUUGCAAGCAGAUGUAUCGCCAGAUUUUGUUAAGGCCUGAAGACUGCCGUCACCAACAUGUUUUUUGGAAACCUAAUUAUCAUGAACCUGCAAAAGAAUUUGAACUUAAAACCGUAACCUAUGGGCUUACUUCCAGUGCUUAUUUAGCGCAACGCACAUUGCAACAACUUGUCAAGGAUGAAGGAGAAGCAUUCCCUCUGGCAAGUAAAGUUUUAACAAGUCAAACUUAUGUUGAUGACCUGCUGGGAGGAAGUAACAAUUUUUCUGAAGCACAAACGCUUAUUUCUGAACUGAUUGAGUUAUUGUCGCUUGGCUCCUUUGAACUUCGGAAAUGGAACUCUAAUACUCCUGAAUUGAUCGCUAACUUGCCUGCAGAAUUUUUGGAAAAUCAAGAUUGUAUGUUUGAUGACAAUGCUACUGCAAAAGUUCUUGGAAUUGUCUACAGCCCACUCGCGGACAACUUUCGCUAUUUCAUUUCUCCUUUUAAUGGGCAAAUCACUAAAAGAACCGUUCUAUCAUUCAUCGCUCGAGUCUACGACCCCCUUGGGUGGCUCACUCCUCUCAUAAUGCUGUUCAAGCUAUUCAUGCGCACGCUGUGGUCUCAGCAAUUAGCUUGGGACACUGAGGUUCCAGCCUCACUUCGAGCUCAUUGGGAGCUGAUUACCGCUGAAAUUUCCCGUUUGGACAAUGUUGUAAUCCCGCAUUUACUCGCCUGUAACCGCUCUACUACCCGGCUGCUUGGAUUUGCCGAUGCCUCCGAAAAGGGGUUUGCUGCUUGUAUAUAUAUUCAUGAAGAGACUGAAAAUAGAUAUGUUAACUGCCGUCUCAUAGCCGCCAAAAGUCAUGUCGCCCCGCUGAAAACUAUGACAAUUCCACGCCAGGAAUUGAUGGGUUGUUUUCUGCUUGCUCGUUUACUAUCCGCCAUCUUACCUACGCUGUCCGAAUAUGAUUUACAAGAAAUUCGACUCUACACUGAUUCCAAGACUGCCUUGGAUUGGAUCAAUACACCCACAUACAAAUUGCAGAUUUUUGUUGCCAACAGAGUACAGCAAAUUACUCAGUUAACAAAACUUGAGUCAUGGCAUCACGUUACUUCUGCUAACAACUGUGCAGAUAUUGCUUCGAGAGGCUUGACUCCCGCUGAAAUCGUCUCCUGCCAUGAUUGGUGGCACACUACCAAUGCGUUUCGUUGUCUCGCCACUGACUUUCCCGUGUCCAAUCAUCUUGUUUCCAACAUUGUACCUGAGAUGAAAACUAACCCGCUGUACAUUCUCGCUACUGUUGAAGAACCAAUUGAGAAUCGUUUGUAUACCGCUAUAGAACAUGUAUCCAAAUUUGGAAAGCUAUGUCAUAUUUUUGUCUACAUACUAAGAUUUGUCAACCGCAUCAAACCAGCCCGUUAUGAAUAUCGCUGCAAAAUAGUCAAACAGAUUGAAACCUGUGAAACGCCUGCCUCAAUUGACACCACCGCCUGUGAAGCUGAAAUAGCUAGAAAACUCAUUGUUCAUGUUGUGCAACGGGAUAAAUUUCAGAAGGAAAUAACAGAGUUGAAAGCUGGAAAAUGUCCUAAGCAUCUACUAACAUUGCAACCGUACAUUGAUGAUUACGAUUUGAUACGCUUAUCUGGUCGUCUUGGGCACGCUCCGAUUUCUAGUGAAGCUAGAAAUCCAUUAUUGCUGCCGAAAAAUGAGCAUGUAUCCUCACUCAUCAUUCGACACAUACAUCUUCAAAAUUGUCAUGCCGGUCCCCGCACCACACAAGCAGCUGUUUGCCAACAGUAUUGGAUAAUCUCUGCCCACAAUCAAGUUUGCCGCAUAAUACAUCAAUGUGUCAUUUGUAACCGCUUUUGCCGCACCAACCUACAGCAACGUAUGGCCCCGCUACCUGCUGAACGAGUCACCGCCAAUAGACCAUUCAAUUUAACUGGCUUGGACUUUGCUGGUCCUUUCUCAUGCAAAACAUCUUUAUUGAAACGCACACAAACAACAAAAGGUUAUCUGUGCAUAUUUGUAUGUUUGACCACCAAAGAUACUCAUCUAGAGUUCCUGUCCUCGAUGUCUGUCAACAACUUCAUCGCCGCUCUACACCGAUUUAUUGCCCGCAGAGGUGCGCCGCACACUCUGUUUUCAGACAACGCUAAGACUUUCACAUCCGCCGCAAGAAAAAUGUAUGAGUUAGAAAAACUCUUGAAGACGAUGCCCUCUGAAGUGAAGUGCUUUCUGUCCAACUACGGCAUAAACUGGAAGUUCAUUCCCCCUUAUGCUCCGCAUCAAGGAGGCAUAUGGGAAGCCGCCGUCAAAUCCGCCAAAACACUGCUACACCACUGUAUUGGGGACACAGCUCUUACAUACGAAGAGUAUGACACCAUUUUCGUUAGAAUUGAAAGUAUUCUAAAUAGUCGACCGCUUACAGAAUUGUCCUCUGAACCUGCAGAAGCUGCCUCCGUGCUCACUCCCGGGCACUUCCUAAUUGGUAGACCUCUUACCGCACCACCGCAACCCAUAGAGACGAAGGAACUAUUGGUCGCACGCCGCUGGAGACUUACAAACCAAAUGACCCAAUAUUUCUGGAAUCGCUGGUCCAAGGAGUACCUAUGCACCUUGAUCAAUCGCACAAAAUGGAAAACCGCUGAAAGAAACUUGCAACUUAACGAUUUGGUCAUAAUAAAAUCUGUCAACACCUCUCCUCUCAGCUGGCCAUUAGGCAGGAUUAUUGCGCUACACCCUGGUAAAGAUGGACUAGUACGUGUAGUCACUAUCAAAUGCGCAUCUGGGAACAUUGUUUGA